AAUAAAGAGGGCGAAGGCGAUCCUGCGCCGCUCCUCUCUCUUCCGAGGGCGGCCUUCAUUCCGCCGCGGCCCCGGACAGAAACGGCACGGAGCGAGGCUUCGCCUGCGGCUGGAAGCUUUCGCGGGCCUCGGGGAGACGCCGCGGGCGAGGCGGUACACGCCCCCGAAGGCCCCUGGCAGACCCUGGCGACGGAGAUCGGCGUCCCCGCGCCAGGCGGAGUCGGUUGGGGGCCCCGAUGCCCGGAUUUCCGGCCCCCUCCGCCGGGACCGAGCCCGGCCAUGAGCGGCAGCGAGGCAGCGCGGUUGCUGGACGCCGUCGAUUUCGCGGCCCGCAAGCACUCGGCGCAGCGGCGCAAGGACCCGGAGCGGACGCCCUACAUCAACCACCCCAUCGGCGUGGCGCAGAUCCUGGCGCAGGAGGCCGGCGUGACCGACGUCGCGGUGCUGCAGGCCGCGCUGCUGCACGACACAGUGGAGGACACGGACGCCACCUUCGCGGAGCUCGAGCAGCGCUUCGGGCCGGGGGUGCGGCGCCUGGUGGAGGAGCUGACCGAUGACAAGGCGCUGCCCCGGACCGAGCGGAAGCGGCUGCAGGUGGAGCGCGCGGCGGGGCUGAGCGCGGGCGCGCGGCUGGUGGCGCUGGCCGACAAGCUGCACAACCUGCGCGACCUGGACCGGCGCGCGCCCGAGGACUGGUCUGAGCAGCGCGUGCGCGAGUACUUCGCCUGGGCCGCGCGCGUGGCCGACGCCCUCCGCGGGAGCUGCCCGGCGUUGGAGGAGCCCCUGUGGCGCCUGCUGGCUGCCAGGGGCGUCGCGCGCUAG